AUGGGCGUUACUGUUCACACGAAUGCUGAGGGCAGCGGUCCUACUCCCACCAAGGGCCAGACCGUGACCAUUGAGUACACUGGGUACCUCAAGGAUGCCUCCAAGCCCGACAACAAGGGCAAGAAGUUCGACUCUUCUGUCGGCCGUGGCGACUUCGUCGUCCAGAUCGGCGUUGGCCAGGUCAUCAAGGGUCUUUUCUCAGGUUGGGACGAGGGAGUCACCCAGAUGAAGGUUGGCGAGAAGGCCACUCUCGACAUCACCAGCGACUACGGCUACGGCGCUCGGGGUUUCACUGGCCACAUCCCUCCGAAUGCUGACCUGAUCUUCGAUGUGCAUCUCAAGGGCGUCAAAUAG